AUGUCACCAUCAUCAGGAUCUUCUACAAUUGUUAUGAAAAAAUUUCGUAAAUCCUGUAUUGUGGUACUUAUGCUUGAAAGUAUUGUUCAUGUUGUGAGGGUUGGAGUAGAAAUACCUGCGCACCAUUUCAAUUUCCCUAUUGAAACCUUUGCAAUAUUUAUCUACAUGUAUAGUGAUGGAUUUAUAUCUGCUGAAAAUAAAUUAUUUUCAAUGAAUUAA